AUGGGAGCCUGCGCCUCGUGCAACGCCGCGGCGAUGACGGAGAUGGAGGAGACGGCGAAGGUGGUGCUCCCGGAUGGCGGGCUGCUCGAGUACGCCCAUCCGGCGACGGCGGGUACUGUUUUGGGAAAGGACGCGGCGGGCUUCUUCGUGUGCGACGCGGACGAGAUGGAGAUCGGAGGGUUUGUGUCGCCGGUGAACGUCGGAGAGGAGCUCUGCCUGGGCCAGCUCUAUUUCGUUCUCCCGCGGUCUGUGCUCAGCUACCCUCUACCACCCGAGGACCUCGCGGCGCUGGCGGUGAAGGCGAGCGCGGCGCUGGCGGACGCCGCGCGGCGGCGUGGCCGUCGGGCGGUGGGCCCCCUUGUUUUUCCAGUGGAUAUCGCCUACCGGCAGCGGUCUGAGAAGGAUGAUAGGGACCAGUUGCGGCGGAGGUCGCCGAGGGAAGGCAGAAGGGGGCCAAAGUUCUCGCCGGACUUGGUUGCCAUUCCGGAGUAA